ACAGGUGUCUGCUUUUCGAACAAGCGUGCAGUUUUACCUGCUUCUCUCGUUCUUUUUUCUCUAGAACAUGUUAGGGCAUAAAGCCAACAUGCAUGAUAAAAAGAUUUGAGUUAACCCCCCUCCUUCAACGCCCCCUUGCUGCCCUCUCUCUCUCUCUCUCUCCGCUCGCAUCUCAAACAAAACAGCUUCUAUUUUUUAAUCAUUGCUAUUCACUAAAAACACGCACACGUGCACAAACUCACAACAUGCCUCUCUUUCUCUUCUCUUCUCUUUCCCCCCUCCAUCCUUUAUCAUGCACACAUCUCUGCCUUCCCUUUGCCCACUACUCCCACGGGAGGCAGAGCGCUUGAGGGCCGAGGGGCGUGAGGAGAGGAGGAGGAAGAAGAGGAGGAGGAAGGAUUGGAGGGAGGAGGCGGCGUUAGACAAUGCCCAUUCCUCCAAUAUAUUCCGUCCCCUCCGUCCAUGAAGUGAGCCUUUAUUAGUGAGGAUCGUUUGGAUCUUAUCUUCCACAUGACGCGCGGCGGAUGAGGAGGAAUCAGAGCGACGAGGCGGGGGGGAUUUAUCUGCGAUCUGGAAGAGUGUCGCUUAUCUCCAGCCUCUUCAUCCCCAUCUUCCACAGGCGGACGGACCAGUAGCCUCUCUAUCAGCCCGGCUCAUCUAUUGUCUGAAAUCCAACCGAGGACCGGCUGAUCCCCUCUUAUCAUCACCCUAAUCCUUUUCUUUUUUUUUUUUUUUGGUUUGUUUGUUUUUAAUUGUCACAUUUUUCUGCACAUUUCCUGAACUGAUCCCUGGAAGACUUCUGGUCCGUUUUCAACGCGUUCUGUGAUGCAAGUUUCCAUCAGGAAAAAGUGAAAAAAGUACUUUGUCUCUGCGUUUCUUGAGCCUGAACUCGUCUCUCUCACAUCUGAUGCUCGUUCAGCUCGUGGAAUAUGAGUUAAUUGGGAGUUGCGUUAAUUAAACGAAGAACCAAAUUGCCUCCCAACUCUCUUUCUAGGUUUUCCAGGAGGAUCUCCCUCCAGCCCUCCCAGCGUAAAAAUGAUGCUGAGUCCGGAUCAAGCCGAGGCGGACCUGUCGUGGACCCAGUCCGACCCGGAGUCGAUGCUCAACGGCCUCAAGUCGGCCGGCUGCACCUCGGACGAGCCGACCGAGGGCGAGGAGCAGCGGGCCAAAUGCAAAGCCGAGCAGCCGCUGAGCAGGGAGGAGAAGAGGAGGCGGCGGCGGGCCACCGCCAAGUACCGCUCCGCGCACGCAACCCGGGAGCGGAUCCGGGUGGAGGCGUUCAACGUGGCCUUCGCGGAGCUGCGCAAGCUGCUGCCCACGUUGCCCCCGGACAAGAAACUCUCCAAGAUCGAGAUCCUCAGACUGGCUAUUUGCUACAUCUCCUACCUGAACCACGUGUUGGAUGUUUGAGUGGGAGCGGACCGGUGGGACAUUUCUACAGAGCGCAGUAUUUUCUCAGCCUUUCACAGAUGAUGCUUUGUGCAGACGCUGCACUGACUAAACCACUGAGAAUUCAACCAAUAAAAUUGGAGGGACAAUUUAGUCGGGUAGAGUUAUUAUCACUUGAUUUGUCACUUUGCAAACCAGAAAACACUGAAAUUCUAAAUAAUUAAAUGAAUUGGCCUAAUCUGGUGGUUGUCAAAGUUAAAACUGCUAAGAUGUGGCAGCAACCGCCUCACUGUUAAAAAGUUCAGCUUGCCAGCAACUCUGACUGUUGAAUACUAACUUAUUAAACACAUUUUUAAAGCAACCAUAACUCCAUGGUACCUUCCUGGGUCUGCACAGCAUGCAGGACGGAUACAAAGAAGAAAAUCUGUUUGAAUUCAUUAAACAUCACAUUUCAAACCACAUAAGUUGAAUUAAUUUAAUUAAUAUCCCCUCAAAUAAAUUAUUGCAGUGGUAGAACAUUUACAAUCUUAAAGAACUUUUUGUGGUUUUCACAGUUUUCCACUCAAAGGUGUGAAAAUCAUCUUACACCAAUUAUGUAACCAUCCAUUUUUUCACUAUGUAUUUUUUAAAUUGUAAAAAAUCAGUGAGAUAAUAAAUAUUUCCUCUCAGACUUUGAUGAGUGAUGGGGAGACCAGAGCUGAAUAUCGAGGCCUUUUAAGCUCUGGAAUCAAUACAAAUAUAAUGCAUAAUUCUGACUGAACUAAACUGUACAAGUUAAAUAAAAUCGGUGCAAUUGUUUGGAUUUAUAUAGUAAAUAGAUUUGAACAGUAUUUCUGUUGGGAAAUAUGUAUGUUUACCACAUAAGUUAGACUCUAAUUUAGCUGUUAAGAUCAUUUUGGUGAUCUAAUUAAAAGUUGCCCUGAAAACUACAACUGCCUCAGGUUUGCAAAACUCCACUUGCCAGCAACUUUCACUUUAGCAUUAGCGCUGUUGCUAAACUACCUUUAAUCUGGACAUGAUUUUAAAAUUUUAAAUUCCUGCUUGAAAUAGAACAUAAAAUUUUUUUGAAGCAAAUUUGACUUUAGUCGCUGUGUCAGGCUGUGGGGGGCAUUUUUCACAUCAAAAUGAAGGGAUGUAAACAAGAUAGCUGCUUUAGAUCUUAUAGUUUAGAAGAUGUUUUCCGUAAAAGGAAAGAAAAAAAUAAUUCAACGCGUCAAGUGCUACUUAUGACAUGAAAAAUUGUGACCUUAAUCAUUUUAAAGUGUAUUUAUUUAUUUAUUUAUUUAUUGAAUUGCGUUAAUAUUAUUGCUAAUUUAUUUAUGUGUAUCUUUCUUUCUGUAUAAAUGUAUAUUGUUUGUUGAUUCAAUAUAUUUUUAGGCUGUGAAAUUGAACGUGGUAAGUAAUGGUGUUUUCCUGUUUAAAAAAAAAAGAAAUAUGGCACUUUCUGUUAAUCCACUGCAUCUCCUGUUUGCUUUUAAUGUAUGUUCGAUGUCUCCCUGUUUUGCUUUGAUAAUGUCUGUUAUGGAUCGAUGGCAACGAUGAGCACUUGAACUGUGGGGCCCCACGGCCCCGUAGAUAUUUGCUUCCCUAAAACGUUGUGUUGGGACGUCAUUCAGUUUCCAGAUUGGCCGAGUUUUUCUCUCAAGAGGUUCUGUUGCGAUUUCCAGAAUGAAAUCUCUUCUUUUGCUGUGACCAAAAACAAAGUCUGAAUUUCCUCUCUUCGAUGUGCUGAUGUUAGGCUCUUAUUUCAGAAAACAUUUAUUUGUUUGUCUCUUCUUUGUAUCCUGAAAAUUCCAAUAAGUAAUUUUAUAGCAAAAGGAGAAAAAAAACAUAUCCUCUAUCCAAAGAUUUUUUUGUCUCUUCAGGGUUGUGUAGGCUUGUUGCUUUAUGCAGAUUUUUUAGUAGAGUUAUUGUGUGACAGCUGGUUUCUAAUGGACAGACUUUUUUCAUAUUUCCGGUGUUAUUUUUAAUUAAAAACAAAUGCUAAAGAAAGACUCCAUUUCCUAUGUUGGAAUACAUUUAAAACAUUUCAGUCCAUUAAAUACGUAAGCUAACAACAUGCUAAGCUGAGACAACCGUGCUGUAUGGUAAGCCAUUAGUGACAAAUAUUGGGGCUCCCAGCCUAUCUGUCGUAAAAAUCCAAAUGUAUUAAGUCAGGACAUCUGCUUUAUAUCUGUAAGUGGUGCUAUGAAUGCCUUCUUUUGAAAUUUGCAAUAUUUUGUUGUUUAUGAGUGACUGAAUAAGUGGCAGCCAAUUCAAACCUGCUGGCAGAAAAUAUCGAUUUUUAACUUGCUUAAGUAAAAUCCCAAUUCAUUGAACUGUUGGAAAAUAGCAUGAAGGUUUUUGUGCUACACUUUAGCAAACUACUUUACUAUGAUUUACAUGAGCUGUAUUGAUAUUAAAUAAUGAUAACGAGGUCAGUUGACGAGCUCUACCUUUCUAAUCAUAAUUCUGGCUUUUGCUGAACUACAAACAUAGAAAACCAGAAUAUAAACCACAGAAUUCAUAAAAUGCGCACACAUCUUCACAGGAUG